AUGGUCUAUACGAAUAAAUGUCCAGUUUUGAGCGAUAUUGAAUGGAGAGAUAACUGUCAAUUUCCACGAUAUCUUAUUGCCAGAAAAAUGAAAUAUUUAUGGGAAGGCGAUCUUGGUCAUGCUGUAGGUGUAAGUAUAGCAAUAUGUCAUUCAUGUAACAAUCUCGUUUAUUCUAGAAUCGGAAGUGGUUAUGAGUGUGGAUUUCCUCAUUUCAUGGAUAAACAUUGGAGCACAAAUUGCACAGGAAACGCAUAUUGUGAUAUUA